GCACGGCGUAACGACGAGAGCAAAUCGACGGCGGUUCGGCCUAGUGUGACACGUCCCCUUCCUACUUGGACAGAUAUAGCAGCACCCAAAAGUCUUUCUCAAGACGGUUUCUGUUCCUCUUCUUAGAGUCCUACGUAUCGCUUUCCAGCAGCGCACGUCUUGCUUCAUUUUCUUUCUAAACUAAGUUAACCAUGAGAUAAUUUCACAAUCGAUUCAUGUUAGUGGCAAUUAAUGUCACAGCUGUGUAUGAAUAAUAUUAUGGACCCCCUUAAACCUACAAAGCCUGAAAUCACAAGCAUGGACUGUAAAUAAAUUGGUUUCGCCAGUUUUCACCCCUUCAUAUAGUUUUAUUAAGGGAGUUUUCAUCACGUACAAUGCGAGUACGUGUGCAACCACACACCCACUCUCUCACACACACUCAAAACCCGAGAGCUGCUACACGUCCAGCCCGAUGCCUCCGGGGAAAGAGAACGAUAAUGCAGAAGUGAAGUUUCCUCGCAUUUUGGGCACGUAUGAGAAAAACUCUGGCGAGGGGGCGGCGGAUGUCAGUCUUCUUGCUACCUCUGAGAAGAAGGUAAGCUGCGCACUGCACUCGGAAGAGUUCGGUCUCCAACACGUGAAAAUGCUGGGAACGGUGAUUGAACUCGUUCUUUCAAGGAGGUUAAAUCGCGUUCUUACGACUUUCGGGGUAUUUCUGGAACUUUCGGGAUGCUGCGUCUAUUUUAAGCAUCCAUUUACCGUAAAUUUUGUCUUUGAAAAUUUCACUAUCAGGGUUGCGCGUACGAUGGAUGGCCUCAAGAGCGUCCUUCUCUUCAACGUCCUGCUCCCAGGUGUCGCGUGCGACGGCUGGUCGGUGUGGAUGCCCGGCAGCCUGGAGGCCUUGGCGGAUUCCUGUCUGCUCAUCCCGUGCUCAUUUGACGUGCCGGAUGACCACGCUGACGGGCUGCGGAUGCCGGCGGGCGGCGUGUGGAGGAAGCGCUCGCGGUGGUUCGAGGGCAGCACCGAUGUGUUCAACUCGUCCCGCGAACAGAACAUCCUGAGCGGCCGGAUACUCGGAGACUUGCUCGCGAAAAAUUGCACGACCAUCCUGCACGGAAUACCUCGAAACUACUCCGACAGUUAUUUUUUCCGACUGGAAACUGGAUUCAAACUGACUUUUGAAACAAACGUAAACAUCGAUGUCAAAGACCUUCCACAGAAACCCCAGCUUUCUGCAGUGGGGCCAAUAAACGAGGGGACCGAGCGGAUCCUGACCUGCAGAGCUCCAGCUCCAUGUCCCCUCCUGCCCCCUCGCUUAAGCUGGACCCCCUGGUUGGGGGAUGCUGUGGAGACACUGGAGGAGAACAAAGAUGGCACCAAGUCUGUGUUGUCAGUUCUCAACUUCACCGUCUCACAUCUCCACCACGAGCAGAAGGUUACCUGCACAGCCAACUACAGCUUGCAGAAGUUAGGCGCCAGCAGAGGAGCUGAGCAGAGCUUCCCUCUCACUAUCCUCUAUUCUCCGAAGAACACAAGCGCCACGGUGAGUCCAUCUAGCUCAGUGGAAGGUGGCACUUGGGUCACCCUGCUCUGCAGCAGCAACAGCAACCCCCCGGUUGAGAACUACACCUGGUUCCAGGUGCAGGGGGAUGAAGUGACACCGCGGGCCACGGGUCAGAACUUCACCUUCAACCUGACCGCCACCAACACUGGCCUGUAUUACUGCGAGGCCCAGAACCAGUAUGGGACAGGAACAUCCUCCAGAGUGCUGCUCACAUUGAAAGGAGACUGGAACACUGUACUUCUUUGGGCGGGAGGAGGAAUUUCAACGCCGGUGGUGCUCAUAGGAGUGCUCCUUUGUCUCAUCAGAUCGAAGAAACGGGGAGAAUCUUCAGGCUCUGUCAAAACUGAGGGCCAAAAAGGAGGCGAUUGCCAUUUUUACGGAAACGUAGACCCGAAGGUUGAUUUUAAGGUGCGUCCCGGCGGAGCCGAGCAGUCAAAACAAGGCCACGACGACGACACGUACAACAAUUCGAUGAUGAUGUUCUCGGCAAAAGCGAGCUGCCUGACCAAUCAAUCUGGAAAUGCCUGUGCUGAAAGUAUCUAUGCCAAUUCUGACAGCGAUGGAAACAUCUAUAUCAAUUCUAUCUCUCAGUAAGGCCGCCUUAGUAAACCAGCGACCAUCUCAACGUGACGACUCUGCUGUCGGUUCUCUCUAGCAUCUGUACAUGGGAGGAAAACCACAGUUAUUUGUGACAUUUAGGUUUAAGUACAGAAGCUGAUAAUCUGUCUGCAUAAGUAAGCUAAUAAAUUACCGCACAUAUUCUCUCAAAGUGCUAAAGCUG